AUGGCCGACUCGACGCAAGCAGCGACGUCGCUCCUGACCGAGCAUCUGCAGUAUACGCCUUUGUCGCUGAUUGACGACAUCAUCAACUCAGUCAAUAACUUUGUUUACCAAGGAGUCGGCAGCCUAGAAAUAGGACUGUUAUCGACACCUCCCGAGAAGCUAGGCUUCAAGGCCGUCAAAGUUGUCAACGACGAGGGCGUGGAAGAACUGGAGUUUCCCGAGGCAAAACAAGAGAUCGAAGAGGGCCUUCAUAAACUCGAGACGUUGUUGAACUCGACGGUUGACAAGAAUUUCGAUAAAUUCGAGAUAUAUGUACUGAGGAAUAUCCUAUCUAUUCCCUCAGAACUGGUGAACUGGGUCCAGUUGGGUCAUUACGAGAACAUAACAUACCCCCCUCCGGAGAACGCGCCCACCGUCGAGAGUGUACAACUACUGCGGCGAAAGCUGGCCGCCUCGCGGACUGUCUCGAAUGCCCUCAUGGAAGAGUAUAAGCGUAACGAGGCAGUCCUGCGACAAUUACGAAAUCUGAUUGGCAACACACAUACCACAACAAACAACCUCUCAUUCCUCAUGAACGGCGCAUCUGCGCAGACCCUUCAUGUGUCUCAGCACACCGAUAGUCGACGUCUGACCACCAACACAAACUUUGCCAUUUCACAGCUCCCCGCGCUCAAGUCGUUGUUAGCCGAAUUGCGACCAAAACUUGCGACGCUAAAAGAUGUCGAUAUGAAUGUCUCGAGUGCCAAGGAUGAGCUCAAAGAAGAGCGCAGAGGUUAUAUCGAGCAACGGACACGAUCACAUCUUGAGCGCAAUGGGGAAGCCGCAGGCGAAGAUUAUACAUUGUCUGGCAAGCGGGUGGACCCAGAUGAAGUUCAGGCGCUGGAAAAAGUCGCUUCCAUAUUCGACCCAGUGUGA